AUGGCACACGUCUUCGCAAAGCUCCAGGACAAGAGCCUGCUGAUUUCUUCUGGUCUCGUCGCCGGCGAGUGGAAGAAUGGUCAGGAUGGCAAAACAUUCCCCGUCUACGAACCGUCAAGCGCGACGGUCCUCCAAGAAUGCGCCAACUUGAGCCGGCAAGACUUCAUCGAUGCCAUCGAGAGCGCCAAGAAGGGGUCAGCCAAGUUCCAUGAGUCAACAACAGCAAAGGAGCGAGGCGCCCUGCUUAGAAAGUGGUUCGACUUGGUCAUUGCCAACGCUGACGAUCUGGCCCUGAUCCUAUCUUUGGAGAAUGGCAAGACCUUUGCCGAAGCCAGAGGCGAGGUCGUUUACGCCGCUUCUUUCAUCUCUUGGUUCGCUGAGGAAGCGACACGGUCAUACGGCGAUACUAUCCCCUCAUCCUACGCCAACACCACCGUCUUGACCUUCAAGGAGCCUGUGGGCGUCUGCGGAAUCAUCACCCCUUGGAACUUCCCAGCAGCCAUGAUCACCCGCAAGAUUGCCCCAGCCUUCGCCGCGGGAUGCUCAGUAAUCAUCAAGCCACCAAGCGAAACACCUUUUAGCGCUCUGGCUCUGGCUAAGUUGGCACUCGCUGCCGGGAUUCCGUCAGACAUCAUCCAUGUGGUGCCGACCAAGGAUAGAGAGGCGUCGAUGGAGCUCGCCAACAACCCUAUCGUGAAGAAACUAAGUUUCACUGGGUCAACUGGUGUCGGUAAGAUGCUCACUAAGGCUGCGGCGGGUACGAUGAAGCGCGUGAGCAUGGAGUUGGGCGGAAAUGCCCCGUUCAUUGUGUUUGAUGAUGCGGAUAUCGAUCAAGCUGUCGAGGGUGCCUUAAUUUGCAAGUUCAGGUGCUCCGGACAGACAUGCGUGUGCGCAAACAGAUUGCUCGUCCAUGAGGCGGUCAAGGACCAAUUCAUCGAGAAGCUCGUAGCCCGCGUAAAGCAGUACAAGCUCGGUCGUGGAAUCGACGAGGGCAUCACACAAGGCCCCCUCGUCAACGCCGCCGCCGUCCAAAAGGUCGACGCUCACGUACAAGACGCACUGAAGAAGGGUGCCGUCCUCCACACGGGCGGCAAGGCACCAGAGGGACUCAAGGGGUACUUCUAUGAGCCUACAGUGAUCAGCGGGGUCACUACCGACAUGGAGGUCGCACAUGACGAGACCUUUGGCCCGCUGGCGGCCAUUUUUUCGUUCAAGACGGAGGCAGAAGCCGUGGAGCUGGCGAAUGCUACAGAGUACGGCCUUGCGGGCUACUUCUUCAGCAAAGACAUCUCCCGAGUCAUGCGUGUAGCGAGACGAUUGGAGUGCGGCAUGCUGGGCGUCAACACCGGUCUCAUCAGCGCGGCGGAGGCACCGUUUGGUGGUGUGAAGGAGAGUGGACUUGGCCGGGAGGGCAGCAAGUAUGGACUGGCAGAGUACCAGAACAUCAAGUCUGUUACGAUUGGCAACCUUGGCUUCAACUGA